AUGGUUGGCCAGGACACCAAAGCACACAAUCACCGCUUGAAGGUAACGGCAGGCGCAGACUACAACCUUAAGACGCAUCAAGUGGUACCUGUAAAUGGCGAGACAAUACGAAUCGAGAACGAUCACGCUAUUGUGAGUCUCUGCGUACGGAUCAAAGACUAUACAGGCUAUCCCGAAAGUUCACCAUCCACAAGCCCAUAUUUCGACCACCCCCUGCAUGCAAAAGACCUAUAUUCCAUAUGCUUCUCAAUCAUCUUCAAAGAGCCAGUGAAUGGCAACAACCUCGUCUUUGGCAAUGACUUUGAUCACCCAAUCCGCGACAUGCUACCUCCAGGAUUCAACGCAGCGCUACGGAUGGUCAAGUGGACACUUGACCCUGGCCUAGACGGGGAUGUCUAUGCUGAUCACCCGUACUUGUACAGCCCGGCAUUGGCAUCGUGGGACCAGUUCCGAAUUGGAGAUAAGAUGAAGAAAUCUGACGAGGUGCCAACGCUCCAUGAUGAGAUUGUUGAAGAAGGUUCUUAUAGCGAAGAUUCUGCCAAUGUGCGUCGGCGAUUUAAUAUUCCCGAAACAGUCGAGGAACGCAGAAAGCAUUUCCAGGAUGAGGCGAAUAGAAAGGAGUUUGACUUUGAGCCUGGGAGGAUGUAUGUUGCUGAUUUUGGAAAUCCUUAUUUGGCAUUCAAUGAUUUUUCUGUCCGUCUUCCUGGAUUCAAUCUACACAUCAUGAAGUAUGUGGAUGAGAAUAACCAUGAGCUACGGUAUACGCUCAAGGAUGUUUCAAACGGACGGGUGUAUCUUGCUGUGGUGUUCUCGGUGGUCCUUAGUGAAAUGGAGGACAAGAAAGACCACAGCAAGAGUGAGCAACGUGAUGACAAUCUAGGGAAGUUUGACUGGGAGCCGGAGCCGUCGUCUGGCGAUGUUGAGUGA